GGAAAAUUAUAUAUAAAUAAAGGAAUGUUUCAUAUUCAAAAUUCCUUGAUAUUAAAAUAUCAAAGAUGUUAAUAAAUAAUAAAAUGAUUAAAAAAAAUUUUAUUGUUUUAUUAUCGAUAUUAAUCCUAUUCUUAAAUCAAAUAUAUGCGACAUAUGAUUAUGUCCCUAGAAGCGCUGAUAUUGAUAGAUCACCUAAAAAUAUUUUGGUUGGCUCUUUUAUUGGAGGAAGAAGUCAUCUUAAACCAAUGUUAGAUAUUACUACUAUAUUAUCUGAAAGAGGUUAUAAUGUAAUACUACUAACGAAAGGAAAUUAUACACCAUCAUCAGAGUAUCCAACUGUCAAACAAAUUUCAUUGGGACCUGCAUUAAAUUAUAAAGAAUUAAUGAAAUCACAUAUUCAUAAAGAUGUUGAUUUUAAUGGAAUGAUGAAAUUUGUGAAAUUAAGCUUAGAAUCUUACAGAGAAAAUUAUGAAAAAUAUAUAAAUAUUGCUAAAGAUAAUAAUAUUGAUUUGUUCUUUUGUGAUACUCUGGUAAAUGAUGUUUGCUUGGAUGCUGCUCACACUUUAAAGAAACCCGUUAUUGGAUUUAGUUCGUCUAUUUACUUUACUGCGCCCGUAUCAUAUAAAUCUGAUCCAUUGUAUGGUUGUAACAUCUCAUUAGAAAAUGAACCAUUUUUAAAGAGAUUUAAGUGUAUUGCAAUGCAUCCUUUUCAAGUAUAUUUUGCGGCUCAUUCUUUCAUAGACCAAUUAAACGAUAUAAGAAAAAAAAUUAAUGUCGAACCUGGUCUUAUAGCUCUGGGAAAUUCACCAAGAAUUCCUUUUUAUUUGGUUGAUGGAUUCUUUGGUUUCGAUUUACCACAAUCUUUACCAUCUAAUGUCCAGGAAAUUGGACCGGUACUUUCAGACGAUUAUCCACCACUUACGCCUGAACUCUCUAAUUUUAUGAAUACACACAAACGUGUUUUAUAUGUAGCUUUUGGUACACAUUUCUUUACAACUACUGAAAAUAAUAACAAACUUUUACAAUCAUUUAUCGAAGCAAUUAAUAAAAAUAUAAUCGAUGGUGUAGUUUGGGCUUUAGUUGAGACAUCGAAGGAUAGUUACUCUUCGACAUUAAACUUAACUGAUGGUACACAAGUUCAAACUUCACCAAUCUUAAAUAACGAACAUCCACAUAUUCAUAUUGCAGCGUUUGCGCCACAAUUCUCCAUACUUAAUCAUACAAAUACAAAAUUAUUUUUUAGUCAUGGUGGCGCAGGAAGUUCUCAUGAAUCUCUUUAUACUGGUACUCCUAUGUUAAUAUUACCUUUUGGUUCCGAUCAAAUGGGUAAUGCUGAUAAAUUAAAAUCAGCUGGUGUAGCAUUAACGUUAUAUAAAUUUACUUUGGAUGUCAAUGACAUUAUAAACAAAAUAGAUUUUUUAUUAAGAGAUGAAAAUGUAAAGAAAAAUUCAAAAAGAAUAGAAAUUUUAUCUAAAAUUAAUAGUAAGAGAAAGUAUAGAGCUGCUGAUUUGAUUGAAUAUAUUUUACAUAGCAGUAGUAUUUAUGAAGGUAUUGAUAAAGAAUUUUUAAAAGAAUGGAUUCCCGCUGAAUCUAGAAUGGGAUUCAUUAAAAAAUAUAAUUAUGAUGUUUAUGGUGCUUUAUUAAGUAUUAUUCUUGGGUUUAUUGGAGGAAUUCUGUGGAUUACAUUUAAAUUAAUUGGGUUCAUUAUAGUUUCUUCUAAUCAAAAACAAAAAUAUGAAUAAUUAAAAUUUGUAAAAAAUUAUUAUCUUGUAUUUCUUAAUAUAAUAUAUACUGUAUAUUUUUU